AUGGCUCAAUCGACGGCGUUUGUCACAUUUAUGCACUGGAUGUCUCGUCACAUGAACACGAGUCUCUUGCGCUUGUUCCUCUUGGGCCUGCUGUACCUUGUGGCGCACCACUACAUUGCGUGCGGGUACUACGUCAUGACUCUGUGGGAGACGAUCGACAGCAAAUGGGACGUGCCGUUCGUCGCCAACGAUUCGACUGUGGUGAAAUACGUCGGUUCGUUCUACCAAGCGCUCGCAAUGACAUCUGGGAGCACGUUGUUCCCCAAGACGGCCGUGGAAAUGCACGUCACGGGCACGCUGCUCCUGCUGGGCAUAGUCAUCAACGCUAGUAUCUUUGGCACAUGUGCGACGCUCAUGAAGCAAGUCAAUUUGGUCGCGGACCAGCAGGCGAGCCAAUUCGAUGCCAUCCGCACGGGGCUCGUCGCGCACCACGCGUCCGAGGACCUGCAGACCCGCGUCAUGCACUAUUACGACACAGUUCUCGGUGAGGAGAAGGCGCACACUGCGACCGCCCAUGGCCUUGACAAGCUCCCCCCCAAACUGCACGUCCAGCUCACGCUGAGCCUCCACGUGGCAUUUCUGAGAAAAGUGCCGCUCUUCCACACGAUGGACCUCGACGACAUCGUGUGCCUCGUCCAGGGCCUGGAGCGCGUGGUGGCGCUACCGGGGGAAGUCAUCGUGCGGCAGGGUGAAGUGGACCCAGUGUUGUACAUGAUUGAAGCCGGCACGGUGGACCUUGUCUUGAUCGAUCCCGACAUGAAAUAA